UAUACUAUAAGAUAUUAUUCAUUAUAUUAUUGAGUUAUAUUAUUUCAAUUUAAGCUAUGCUGAAUAAUUUUCACUAAAUCUAAAACAAGAACAAGUUGACCACAAAAAAUGUCAUAUGAAAAUUGGAUGAACUAUAUUAAAAAUGCGGAGAAAUCAUCAUUUAUUUCAGGAAAGAUUCGUAAAAUUUAUUACAAAUUCAACGAUAGUAAAGAAAUGUGCGAAGAAUACAAUAUGGAAACGGGCAUUUUAUUUCGACGUGCAUGGAAAAAGAAACAAAAUAUUCUGUCCACAGAUGAUGGUUGGGAGAUAGAAUUGGGUGAUACAAUAUCAAACACAAAAGAUUUGAAUCAAAUUAUAAAAGAAACAAACAAAGCGCCGAUACUUACGAAACGAAUAACUCGACAUAAUAUCGAAUGGCGUAUUCGGAACCUUCCGUAUCCCCUGGAAAAUUAUCUCAUAACAGCAGAUAAUAUAAAGAGAGCCAUAAUAAUUCGCACUAAGAAUAAAAAGUAUUUCAAAGAGAUUCAAAUUCCUGAACUAAGCCGUUGCAAUAUUCAAAUACAACAAAAAGCAAUGUCCAUUUCACAUCAGCACAAUACAUUGAUUAUAACAUAUCGAAAGCCGGAAUUAGUUCAGCAAAUGGAACAGGACACAUUAAAAAUGCUUCAAGAAGUAGAAACCGAGGCUGAAAACGUAGACUUGGUUAAUUUGACUAAACUUCUAGAUUUUUAAUUUUUAAGCAUCAUUUAAAUGAUAAUAAUAAAUUUCGUCUAAUUGAAAGUUAA